CCUGUUGAUACUUACACGGAGUCACAUUAAAUUCUGUACGAAUUGGACAUUACUCGUUCUAACUCAAUUCAAAAUUUUUACUGAUAAAUUUCUUACCUAGUUUCCAUCAAUCAGUGAUCGAAUAUUACUCGUAAUUACUUAACUUUUUAUACUAUAAAAUCAUGACUCCACGCAUGACUGAAUCUGACGAAAAACCAAAUGAAGAAAAUAUGCCGCAGGAUACAAUAAAACCACCAGAGAAAAUGGAAAAAUUGAAAAUAAUACAUCAUUUAGUUAUUGUUUACAUCUACUUCCAUGUCGCUGGGUUAUAUGGAUUAUAUUUAUGUUUCACAACAGCUAAAUGGCUGACUAUGGGAUUCGGUGUGUUGGUUUACUUAUUAGGAAUACUGGGCAUCACUGCAGGUGCUCAUAGACUAUGGUCGCACAGAAGUUACAAAGCAAAACUGCCACUGCAGAUUAUCCUCAUGCUACUAAACAGCAUAGCAUCCCAAAAGACAGCCAUAAACUGGUCUCGGGAACAUCGCUUGCACCACAAAUGCUCAGAUACUGAAGGCGAUCCUCACAACGCAAACCGUGGAUUCUUCUACUCUCAUCUAGGCUGGCUGAUGACUAAGAAAUCUAAGGAAGUAAUAAAACAAGGAAAGUGCAUAGACUUGUCAGAUCUAUACAAUAAUCCUGUCUUACGUUUCCAAGAAAAAUAUGACGUACCCAUUAUAACUACUCUCUGUUUUAUCCUCCCGACUGUCAUACCGGUGUACUUCUGGGGCGAAACCUGGAACAACGCUUGGCAUUUGAACAUGCUGCGGUUUGUCGUGAGUUUGAACCUGACCUGUUGCGUCAACAGCGUUGCCCACAUGUGGGGCUACAAGCCGUACGACAAAACGCUUUUGCCCGGUCAAAACGUUCUACUUACUACUGUUGUCCUGGGAGAAGGUUUCCACAACUACCACCAUGUGUUUCCAUGGGACUACCGGACCUCGGAACUUGGGAACGUGAAAUUAAACUUCACAACGUACUUCAUCGAUUUUUUCGCUUGGAUCGGAUGGGCUUACGAUCUAAAGUCAGCAUCCAAGGAUGUUAUAAAGAAUCGAUCGGAGAGAACUGGCGAUGGCACGGAUCUAUGGGGACAAAAAAGUGAUUAAUUGACCGAGGAAAAUAGAGAGAUAUUGAUUGUAAAACAAUCAAGUAAAAAUCAUUUUGAUGUACCUAAUUUCAAAUUACUUAGAUCAAAUUAUUUCUACAAUUGUGAUUUUAAUAUUAAGCUUUACAUUAGGGAUGGCGAUAUGAAAAUGAUAAUUCAGGAAAUAAAAUAAGUAAUUCUUAAAAUGUUAGAUCAAUCUCGUGAAUGUACCGAAAAUCAGGAUCGAUUUAUCCUUAAUUUUCCUCUUCUCCUGUGAAAUUCAUCUAUGUCAUGAUAUGAAACUUAUUUUUUAAGAUAAAGUAAGUAGGUAUUUUUCACUUUGUAAAUUAUACAGUAACAUCAUCGUGCCAUUAAUGACUUUGGGAAAUCUUAGCAUACUAAAUAAGUCUGGUCAUAAGUUCUGUCACAUGAUCAUAACUUUUGAAUUUUGAAUGAAGGUCUCAAAAAUAUUUAUUGAAUUAGAAUUUAGAAUAUUUAACGAAAUUAAAAAUGUUCACUGUUUUGAAUUU